CUUAUUGUUAUUCACUCUGAGUAAGAUUGUUCUCUGAUUCACUCUCCGAUUUCUAGGCUUCUUGAUUUGGUGUUGAAAAGAAAGGGGACAAUGAGUACUUUGAUAGCUGCAGAAAGGUCCGUACGUCCAAUGAAUGGGGGAGAUGGCCACUACAGCUACAGCAAAAACUCCGCGCUUCAGAGAAAUGCUAUAGAAUCUUCUAAAGAAAUAAUCAACAUGGCAAUAUCAGAGAAGCUUGACAUGGAGACUUUAACUUCUUCUAAGAUCUUUAAAAUCGCUGACUUGGGUUGCUCAGUUGGACCAAAUACACUCAUAGCAGUGCAAAACAUAAUAGAAGCCUUGGAACUCAAGUUUAACAGCCAACAAAAAGACAGUAACUGCUGUGACCUUCUUCCUGAGUUCCAAGUGUUCUUCAAUGAUCAAGCAACAAAUGAUUUCAACCAGCUUUUCAUUUCUCUUCCUCCUAAAACAAAAUACUUCGCAGCUGGGGUGCCUGGAUCUUUCUAUGGCCGUCUCUUUCCCAAAGCCUCUCUCCAUUUUGUUCACUCUUCCUAUGCUCUUCAAUGGCUCUCAGAAGUGCCACCCCAGGUUUUGGACAAAAGCUCUCCUGCUUGGAACAAAGGGAGAAUUCACUAUUCCAAUUCUAACACUGAAGUUGUCAAUGCCUUUAGAGCUCAGUAUGCUAAAGACUUGGACAACUUUCUAUAUGCUAGAGCGCAAGAGAUUGUCCAUGGAGGAUUAUUGGCUCUUAUUGUCCCCGGUCGCACCAAUGGAACACCUCAUUCUCAAACUUAUAUUAACAAGGCAUUUGAACUGCUUGAGUCUUCCAUUAUCGACAUGGCAAAGAAGGGUAAGAUCAACAAUGAAAAGCUAGAUUCCUUUAAUAUGCCGGUGUAUUGUGGAUCACUGGAAGAAGUGGAAGACGUUGUGAAACGUAAUGGGUUUUUCAGUAUAGAGAUAAUGGAGAACCUUCCUCACGAAAAGCAACACCCCAAAUUGCAAUCAAUGUCCUCUAGAGCUGCACUUGAAGGAACCAUAUUGGACCAUUUUGGAGACGAUGCUGAUGUAGAAGAGAUGUUUGAUUUACUACUAUACGAGAAGCUAGACGAAUCGUCCUCUAUCAUUGAAUCAUGUGACUCAGUUAGCCUAUUCGUUUUACUUAAACGAGCACAAAAAAAUUAGAAAAAUAUUAAAGUGGGCUAUGACUAUUGAAAACGAGUAAUAAUAAUAAUAAUAAAUUAAUCAUAAUAUAAAAGCUUAUAUAUAAAAGAGUGUUGCUAUUAGGUACUUAAAGUGUCCAAUGUGGCAUGUGCCUAUUUGGCAUAGCCAUGAGCUCUUUGUAUAUAAGCAUGCCUCGGUGGUGGCAAUAUUGUAAUUAUGUAUACAUUUCCCACGCAAAAAACAUAUAUGUUGUUGGGAAUACCUAUAUACUCCUUUAGGGGAGGUGACCUGGUGACUUAGUGAAGCACCAUGACCACCUACAGAUAAUAACUCAAGCUAUAUGUACUCCCUUGCCCCAUUAAUACCUUAUAUUAUAAAAUGAUGUUUAUCCA